AUGGCUGAAGAGACUGCUGCUACUACAACCUCUUCUUCCCAACAAUUCAGUUUCCCUAAGGAAGAAGAUUCCAUUAUUGGACUUUGGGAUGAAAUUGAUGCUUUUCAAAGAACAUUACAAAUUACUGAUGAUUUACCACCAUUUGCCUUCUUUGAUGGUCCACCAUUUGCUACUGGUACUCCUCAUUAUGGUCAUAUCUUAGCUUCUACCGUUAAGGAUAUCAUCCCUCGUUAUGCUACUAUGAAUGGAUUCCAUGUUGAAAGAAGAUUUGGUUGGGAUACUCAUGGUUUACCAGUUGAACAUGAAAUUGACAAAAAAUUGGGUAUUACUUCUAAAGAAGACGUUUAUGCCAUGGGUAUCGAUAAGUAUAACGCCGAAUGUCGUUCGAUUGUUAUGAGAUAUGCUGAUGAAUGGCGUAGAACUAUUAAGAGAUUGGGUAGAUGGAUUGAUAUGGAUAAUGAUUAUAAAACUUUAUAUCCUGAAUUUAUGGAAUCUGUUUGGUGGGCAUUCAAAGAAUUAUACAAGAAAGAUUCUGUUUAUCGUGGGUUAAGAGUCAUGCCUUAUUCUACUGGUUGUACUACUCCAUUGUCUAAUUUUGAAGCCCAACAAAAUUAUAAAGACGUCAAUGAUCCUGCUAUCACUAUUGCAUUCCCAUUGGUUGACGAUGAAAAUACCGUAUUGGUCGCUUGGACAACUACUCCAUGGACUUUACCUGCAAACAUCGCCUUGGCUGUUAAUCCAAAUUUUGAAUAUGUCAAGAUUUUUGAUGAAGAAAAACAAAAACAUUUCAUCUUAUUAGAAGGUUUACUUGGUACUUUAUAUAAAAAGCCAGCAGCUGCUAAGUUCAAAGUUGUUGAAAAAAUUAUGGGUAAAGAUUUAGUUGGAAUUAAAUAUCAACCAUUAUUCAAAUACUUUUAUGAAGAAUUCAAAGAUAUUGGUUUCAAAGUCAUCUCAGGAGAUUAUGUUACCAACGAUUCUGGUACUGGUAUUGUUCAUCAAGCUCCAUCUUAUGGGGAAGAAGAUUUCAACGCCGCAAGUGCUGCUGGAAUCAUCGAUGAAAAUAGAUUACCACCAAGUGUUGUCGAUGACGUUGGUAAGAUGACUAGUAAUGUUCCUGAUUUUGCUGGUUUGUAUUUCAAGGAUGCUGAUAAACAAAUCAUCAAGAAAUUGGUUGAAAAUGGUAGAAUCUUGGUUAACUCUCAAGCUAAGCACUCCUAUCCAUUCUGUUGGAGAUCAGAUACUCCAUUGAUGUAUAGAACUGUCCCUGCUUGGUUUGUUAGAAUUGGUGAAAUCAUCCCAGACAUGUUGGCAAAUGUCGAAAAAACCAACUGGGUUCCUUCAAAUAUCAAAGACAAAAGAUUUUCCAAUUGGAUUGCUAACGCUAGAGAUUGGAACAUUUCUAGAAAUAGAUAUUGGGGUACUCCUAUUCCAUUAUGGGUUUCUCAAGAUUUUGAAGAAAUUGUCUGUGUUGGCUCAAUUGAUGAAUUAAAGAAAUUGUCAGGUAGAGAUGAUAUCACUGAUAUCCAUCGUGAAAGUAUUGAUUCAAUCACUAUUCCUUCAAAAUUAGGUAAAGGUAAAUUACGUCGUAUUGAAGAAGUUUUCGAUUGUUGGUUUGAAUCUGGUUCUAUGCCUUAUGCUUCCAAACAUUAUCCAUUUGAAAAUCAAGAAAAAUUCUUAAAUGCCUUCCCAGCUAAUUUCAUUUCUGAAGGUUUAGAUCAAACUAGAGGUUGGUUCUAUACCUUGACAGUAUUGGGUACUCAUUUAUUCAACACUGCUCCAUAUCAAAACGUUAUUGUUACUGGUAUCGUCUUGGCGGCUGAUGGUAAGAAGAUGUCCAAGAGAUUGAAGAAUUAUCCAGAUCCUUCUAUUGUUUUGGAAAAGUAUGGUGCUGAUGCUUUGAGAUUAUAUUUAAUCAAUUCCCCUGUUUUAAGAGGUGAAACUUUGAAAUUCAAGGAAGAAGGGGUUAGAGAAAUCAUUUCUAGUGUUUUAUUACCUUGGUAUAAUUCCUACAAAUUCUUGAAGGAUGCAGCUGAUAUCUAUAAGAAAGAUAAUGGUGAAGAUUUUGUCUAUGAUGGUACUUUACAUUCUACCAAUGUUAUGGAUAGAUGGUUAUUAGCUUCUAUUCAAUCAUUAAUCAAAUUUAUUCACGAAGAAAUGAAUGGAUACAGAUUAUAUACUGUUGUUCCAAGAUUAUUGCAUUUCGUUGAUGACUUGACCAAUUGGUACAUUAGAUUCAACCGUCGUAGAAUCAAAGGUUAUUCAAGUGAUGAUGUUGAAGACACCAGAAAGGGUCUUAACACUUUAGCUGAAGCUUUGUUAACCUUAUCGAGAGCCAUGGCUCCAUUCACUCCAUACUUAGCCGAUGGUGUUUAUCAACGUAUCAAGGAUUAUUUCCCUCAAGCCGAUUUAGAAGCCAUCGUCAUCAAUCCAAACCAUAAAGAUCUCAGAUCGGUCCAUUUCUUAUCCUAUCCUCAAGUCAGAGAAGAAUUAUUUGAUGAAAAGAUUGAAGUUGCCGUAUCAAGAAUGCAAAAAGUUAUUGACCUUGGUCGUAACAUUAGAGAAAAGAAGAUGAUUUCAUUAAAGACCCCAUUAAAGGAAUUGGUCAUCUUACACUCAGACCCAGACUAUUUACGUGAUGUUGAAUCAUUGAAGGAUUACAUUAGUGAUGAAUUAAAUGUUAGAAAUAUCGUCAUUACUUCUGAUGAAGCCAAAUAUGGUGUUGAAUAUUCUUGUGUUGCUGACUGGCCCGUCUUGGGUAAGAAAUUAAAGAAGGAUGCAAAGAGAGUUAAAGCGGCAUUACCACAAGUUUCUUCCGCUGAAGUACAAAAAUUCGCUGAAUCUGGUAAGAUUACUGUCGAUGGUAUUGAAUUGGUUACUGAAGAUUUACAAGUUCAACGUGGAUUGCCUGAAUCCAAAGCCGCUCAAGGUCACGAAUCAAGAUCUUUCCAAGAUGUAUUAAUCAUUUUGGAUGUGAAUAUGCAUCCUGAAUUAGAAAGAGAAGGGUUGGCCCGUGAAUUAAUUAAUCGUAUCCAAAGAUUACGUAAGAAGGCUGGAUUGAAUACUACCGAUGACGUUCAAGUGCAAUAUAAGUUGGUUAAGGAUACUAUUGAUUUCAAGCAUGUUGUUUCUGAAAAUGAAGAACUUUUGAUCAAGUCUACUAAGAGACCAAUUGAAGAAGUUGCUGACGAUGCUCAAGAUGAUAAGGUUAUUGUUGACGAAGAACAAACUAUUAAUGAUACCGUCUUCAACUUGAGAUUAUUGAAAAUUUAA